UACAAACCCGUUGAAAUUCGUAUCUUGCGGCCCUGUGACUGUAAUGCUGCUCGCAGCUGCUCGAAGCUGCUCGAGCGAGAACGAUGCCACUGAGCUUCAUCCUUUGAAGUAACUGCAUCUGACGCAGCUGCGCGUGUGGAUGUGACGUGUGGCAGAGGUGUUCUUUUGCCUGCGCUCCCUAUGUACGGUGUGCUGUUGCCCUUUUACACGUUUUCUUCCUCAGUAAAUUGUGAAUAUGAGUUCCAGAAAUCCGGGAAUAGACCUUGAUUUAGAAUGGAUUGCUAAAGUAAAAGUUAAUCAUCCAGCUGUCCUAAGACGGGCACAGCAAAUACAAAGUAGAAGAGCAGUGAAGAAAGAGUGGCAAGCUGCUUGGCUAUUGAGGGCAGUUACUUGUAUUGAUUUGACCACCCUGUCUGGAGAUGACUCUCCGUCCAAUGUGUACAGACUCUGCUUUAAAGCAAAACAUCCCAUCCGAGAAGACCUGCUGAAGAGCAUGAAUAUGCACAAUAAAGGUAUAACCACAGCUGCAGUUUGUGUCUACCCAUCCCGAGUGUCUGAUGCUGUAAAUGCUUUGGAGGCUGCCAAAUGUUGUAUUCCUGUUGCUUCAGUUGCUACUGGAUUUCCUGCUGGACAAACACCAUUAAAAGCUCGCCUGGAAGAAAUACGUGUAGCUGUAGAAAAUGGAGCUCGAGAAAUUGAUGUUGUUAUCAACCGGACUCUUGCACUAACAGGACAGUGGGAAGAAUUAUACAAGGAAAUCUGUCAGUUCAGAGAAGCUUGUGGAGAAGCUCACUUGAAGACAAUCCUAGCAGUGGGUGAACUGGGCUCCUUUACCAACAUCUACAAAGCUAGCCUUGUUUCCAUGAUGGCAGGAUCAGACUUUAUAAAGACAUCAACUGGGAAAGAAUCGGUUAAUGCAACAUUCCCUGUUGCUUUAGUGAUGGUGAGAGCAAUACGGGAGUAUUUUUGGAGGACUGGCUAUAAGGUGGGGUUUAAACCUGCUGGAGGAAUUCGUAGUGCUAAGGAGUCAAUUUCUUGGUUAUCUCUGAUGAAGGAAGAACUAGGAGAUGAUUGGGUGAAACCACAGUUGUUUCGCUUGGGAGCAAGUACACUUCUAGCUGAUAUUGAAAGACAGAUAUUUCAUUAUGUGACUGGAAGAUAUGCUGCUUACCACGAGCUACCUAUGUCUUAAAUGAACGUGAAAUUAUGAGCUUCAAGUGUAAAAAUAUAGUCCCAUUACUUACUGUA